GAGUUGCAACGUGGACUCAGAGGCGGUGGAGGCUUCCUCUCUCCACCCUGGUUCCUCCAUAACAGCAACAAAAUUACAAAAAAAUGGUACAGUAACUAUACGGCGUCGCCACUUGUUUCUCUCUCUCUCUCUCUCUCUCUCUCUCUCUCUCUCUCUCUCUUGUCAGCUUCUCUUACCCUCUGUCUUCAGACCCACAACCAAAUUUCCAAGCUUUCUGCGGUUUUUUCUCAUCUUCAAAAGCUCCCUAUCAAGUUGCUUUGCUUAGGUUCAUAGACAGUGGCCAAUGGCAUGUCGUUUCAGCACUUUGUGGGGAUCUUUUGAAUAGAGCAGAACCAAAGAAAGGAAUGCUGAAAGAUGUGCUUGAGCAUCGGGGAACCAUAUUUUGAUGAUAUGCAUGAUGUCUGUGACUUGAUAGAGGCGUUCUCCUUCCUUGAUAAGACUUAGCCCGAGCAUCUUGAUUGUAUCUCCUCCUUGACUACUACCCUUUGCGAGAUGCAAAAUAGAGUAGCAGAAUCUCAGUUGCCGCUGGUGUUAAUGUCUCACCUGUGCGAGGAUGGUCGAGCUCGACUAAUUUCCAACCUUCCUUCUUCAUAUUGGUUCUACUAGCCAGAGCGAGGACGGUAUUUUGUUGAGGUUUAGGUUUUGUGUUUUGAUGGCUUAUGGAGGGACUUCUCUUAUGGAGAGAUACGAAUUAGGAAGGUUACUGGGGCAAGGCACGUUUGCUAAGGUUUACUAUGCUAGAAGCAUCGUGACCGGACAGAGUGUUGCCAUUAAAGUCGUGGACAAGGAGAAGAUUGUGAAGGUUGGGCUCAUGGAUCAGAUAAAGCGGGAGAUAUCUAUUAUGAGGAUAGUAAGGCAUCCUAACAUCAUCUUACUUCACGAAGUCAUGGCGACGAAAACCAAGAUUUAUUUCGUAAUUGAGUUAGCUAAAGGGGGCGAGCUCUUCAACAAGGUGGCUAAAGGGAAGCUAAAAGAAGAUGUUGCGAGGAAAUAUUUUCAGCAGUUGGUAAACGCGGUUGAUUUCUGCCACAGUAGAGGCGUCUAUCAUCGAGAUUUGAAACCCGAGAACUUACUCUUAGAUGAAGACGAGAAUUUGAAAAUCUCUGAUUUCGGUUUAAGUGCUUUUGCUGAGUCGAAGCGUGGGGAUGGACUACUUCACACCACCUGUGGGACCCCAGCCUACGUCGCGCCCGAGGUCAUCAACAUGAAAGGCUAUGACGGGGCAAAAGCCGAUAUCUGGUCCUGUGGGGUCAUCCUAUAUGUUAUGCUGGCUGGUUAUCUCCCAUUUCAUGAAUCGAAUUUGAUGGAAAUGUAUAGGAGGAUUGCAAAAGCCGAGUUCAGAUGCCCCAAUUGGUUUCAACCCGAGAUUCGCAGGCUACUUUUGAGAAUACUGGAUCCCUGCCCCGAUACUAGAAUUACGAUUGCAAGAAUUCGGGACCAUCCAUGGUUCAAAAGAAGAAUGACCUCCAAUGCAAAAACCAAGUUCGCCGCUUCCCAGAUUGUUGCAAAGGACAAACAAGAGGUGCCAAGAUUACCAAACUUGAAUGCAUUUGAUAUAAUCUCCCAUUAUACCGGCUUUGAUUUGUCCAGAUUGUUCGAGGAAAGUUGUCUGAAGAAACAACAUAGGUUCACUUCCAUGAAACCUCCAUAUCUCAUCAUAUCUAAACUCGAGGACAUUGCCAAACAUAUGAAGCUGAAGUUGACCAAAAGGGAUGCGGGGCUUUUGAGGUUCGAAGGAACAAAGGAAGGUAGAAAGGGCAUCUUGUCCAUUGAUGCUGAAAUCUUUGAGCUCACUCCUGCUCUUCAUUUGUUAGAGGUUAAGAAAUCGAACGGGGAUACAUUAGAAUACGAUAAGAUAAUGAAUGAUUGCAUAAGACCUGGACUUCAAGAUAUUGUUUGGACCGAACAGAAUGAUAUUACAAAGUAGCCAAUUAUCAGUGGCAUUUGAAGAACCAGCAAACUCUAUAACAGCAGCAGAAACUGGAUUAGUUAACCUUGGUUCUCAUACAAUUUGCAAAGCUUUCAUGCAAUCUUAUACUUGUACAUUUCUCUUGUUUAUAAGGCUUGUAUCCUUCAUGGGUUCCUUUAUUUUUUUUUAUGGACUCAGAUCAUACAAACCUUCUGGAGUUUCUGCCUUGUUUACCUACUCAUGAGGAUUGAAAAUCAAACUACAUUCAUGGCUUAAUUCUGCUGAAA